GCGCCGCAGGGAGGGGAUGGCCAUGGCCGGAUUGGUCGUUUGCGUGUGGCGUGCGUGCACACGCGGCGGGCCGGUGUCCGCCGAGCGACAUGAGCAUGAAUACCUGAUCAUCAAUUCAUCAUGCGCGCGCACAAAGCGGUGGUGGUGGUGGGCGUCAGAUCAGGUCCUGGCGUCGCGGCGGCGUGCGGUUCCGCGGAAAUGCGCGUGCCGCGCACGAACCGCGCGCGCUGGCCCCGAGGAGAGUGACAGAGCAUUGGAUCGAGUUCGUCGACAGGACUCGUGAGCGGGGAGUGGCGUGCCGGUGCGCCCGCCACCCGCCACUGAUCAGACGUGGGCCUGAAACUCCUAUUUCGUUCGUGCGUAAGUUUUGGUGGCGGGCCACCGGGCCGGGGAGAUCACCUUGCUUGCUUGAUUGCUUCUGGGCCGGACCCAGUCAAGCCGCCGCCGCCGCCGCCGCAUGACGACGACGGCAUGACCGUUUUGUCCAUCCGCCGCCGAAUCCAAAGGGCUGCCGUGACGCCGACGCCAACGGCCACCCACACCACCACGGCCAACCUCACCCGCCAAGCCGCCCACUCCGUCCUCCCAUGCCGCCGCGCGUCAGCUGCCUCGAUCGUCCCCCGCGUUCCUCGACCCGUCGUCAAUCAGCCCCACGCCGGCACUGAUCCCGGCGCGGGUUUUGUCCCGUGCCGCCGCCCGCCGCGGUCGCGGGGAAGGAUGGCGUCCGCGACUUGCUCUCUUCCGCAUGGACACUCGCUCCGCGGCUCAUAAAGCAGCCGCUGCCUCCGUUUCUCGCCCAUCGGCCCCGCCUGUUCUUCUUCCGGCGGAAGCGGCACCCCUUCAGGAUUCAAAUCCGCCAGAAACUUAUAUUUUCAUCCAGUAUCAAGGGGAAGUCCUGUUUCGUGUUCAUUAAUGGAUACAUCCAGAAGCAAGCAAGGACCAGAUCAUCUCCUUGUUCUUGUCCAUGGUAUCAUGGCAAGCCCCAAAGACUGGACAUAUGGGGAAGCAGUGCUGAAGAGGCGGUUGGGUGAUAAUUUUUUCAUCUAUGCUAGUUCAUCGAACACCUACACCAAAACGUUUGAUGGGAUUGAUAUAGCUGGAAGAAGGUUAGCAGAUGAAGUCUUGGAUGUGGUUAAGAAGAUGUCCAGCUUGAGAAAGAUUUCAUUCCUAGCACAUUCUUUGGGUGGUUUGUUUGCUAGAUAUGCUAUUGCGAUACUCUAUUCACUGGAAACAGAGAAUGCAGGACAAAGAAGUGCCCAAAUUGUUCCUACAGCAAGAGGAUCUGCAAAAUCACGAUGUACUUCAGGAUUAGGUGCAGUUGCUGGACUGGAGCCAAUAAAUUUUAUUACCUUGGCAACCCCACAUCUUGGGGUAAGAGGGAGAAAUCAGCUUCCAUUUCUUCAAGGGCUAUCAAUUCUAGAAAAACUUGCUGCACCUUUGGCUCCUUUAAUUGUUGGCCGCUCCGGUGCUCAACUCUUUCUCACUGAUGGUGAUCCUAGCAAGCCACCACUUCUGCUACAAAUGGCAUCUGAAUGUGAGGACAAAAAGUUCAUAUUAGCAUUAGCAGCUUUUAAGAACCGCGUUCUGUAUGCUAAUGUUUCAUAUGACCAUAUGGUUGGCUGGCGAACAUCUUCAUUAAGGAGAGAAAAGGAUCUUAUAAAGCCCUCACAUCGUUCACUGGAUGGCUAUAAGCACAUCGUGAAUGUUGAAUACUGUUCGCCUGUUUCAUCGGAAGGCCCCCAUUUUCCUUCCAAGGCUGCCAGAGCUAAAGAAGCUGCACAACGGACGCCAAACACAGAAAAUACUGAGGAAUACCACCAAAUGAUGGAGGAGGAGAUGAUUCAUGGCUUGCAGAAGGUUGGUUGGAAGAAGGUGGACGUCAACUUCCAUUCAUCGUUCUGGCCUUACCUUGCUCACAACAACAUACACGUCAAGAACGAGUGGCUUCACAACGCUGGUGCCGGUGUUAUCUCGCACGUGGCGGACAGCAUCAAGCAGCAGGAGUCACGGCCAUGUCUUCCUGCGAAUCUUUAGCGUUAGCAUUUUAGCACCCCAUUUCCUGGCAUUUUCUGUGGCUAGUAAACCCACGAUCAACUUAAAGAAAGUCAGCAUUCACUGAGCAACGAAAUUCGCUAAAUUGUACCAUGGUCCAUGCCUCCAUGGGUAGUAGAUUGUUCGAUGUGAAUAUGUGAUGGUGCCAAAUGUCAUGCUUCUCUCACCGAUGCAUAAA